AUGGCUCAGCUGGAAGGAGGUCAGCUACAUAUGGCUGUCUUAACAAUCUAUACCAACCCUAAAGAACCUGAGCACAUGACAGAAUUCUACCGGUUCAAGUUCAAGUAUUCAAGGAAUGGACCUCAGAUGGACUUUGAUAGUGGUGACACUCAAGGGAACUUUACAAAUGGAGGAAACAGUGAGGAAAUUAAGCAAGCCAGCAUCUUGCUGAUCCGCAAACUGUAUGUCUUAAUGCAGAAUCUUGGACCGCUGCCUAAUGACAUUACAUUGACCAUGAAACUGUUCUACUACAAUGAUGUCACACCCAAUGAUUACCAACCCCCUGGCUUUAAGGAAGGCAACAUCUCUGAUUGCCUGCUUUUUGAUGGUGAACCAGUGAACCUCAAAGUCGGGUCAGUCUCCACUGGGUUCCACAUUAUGAAAGUGAGAGUAACAACAGAUAGCAAACGGAUGGGGUUGCUGGAGAGCAAUCUGGUUGAGGAGAAUGGUUCCACUGAGAUCUCCCAUCAGGGGCUAGACUGUGAUGAGGAAGAAGAGGAAGGCAGCACUAAAAACCUUCAAGUUGAUGGCAUGGACAAAAACAGGAUGCAUGAAGGGAAUGCAGAUUCAGAAGGCAAAAACAGUGUUUUUUUUAAUCAAAAGGGAGCAG